GCAGUCGCCCAUCGCGCGCGAAAUCAGUCUGCGCCGGUGCAGGGUAGUGAAAGCAUCUCCUCAGCUCGACGCUGGUGAAGGAAACGUCUAGACCGGGCUUCUCCUAUUCUCGUCAGAUCUCGCCACUGCCUCCGCCGCACACCUUACAAUGGAUUGCCGGCAGCGCAGUCCUCACAGUGCCGGGACGAGCCCAGGGAAUAGCUGCUGGGGCAGCGACAGCGGCACACUUUCUCCAUCCCGGUGGUCUCUUGGACGCAAAAGACGUUUGGAUGGAAGGCACAGAAAGCCAGAUGUUGAUUCAUCUCUAUUUGUUGAAGAUGAGACCAAAUCUAAACACGCAGAAGAAAGUGAAGGUCAAAAUUCAGACAACAGGCUUGAGAGUUUUACAACACCAGAAGGCCCCAAACCUCGUUCAAGAUGUACAGACUGGGGAAGUGUAGUUGAAGAGGAUGAAAUGAGAACCAAAGUGAAUAAAGAAAUAGCAAGAUACAAAAGAAAACUUCUCAUAAAUGAAUUUGGAAGAGAAAGAAAGUCAUCUUCUGGAAGUUCUGAUUCAAAAGAAUCAACAUCUACAGCACCAGCAGAACUAGAAACGGAUGAAAAUGUUCUGAUGAGGAGACAAAAACAGAUAAAUUAUGGAAAGAAUACCAUUGCCUAUGAUCGAUAUAUUAAAGAAGUGCCAAGGCAUCUUAGACAACCUGGAAUUCAUCCCAAGACUCCAAACAAAUUUAAGAAGUACAGUAGGCGAUCAUGGGACCAGCAAAUCAAACUGUGGAAGGUUGCUUUACAUUUUUGGGAUCCUCCAGCUGAGGAAGGCUGUAACUUACAAGAAAUCACCCCAGUAGAUAUCGGUGAAAUGGAGACUGAAUCUGCCAAAAGUAGUUCUGAAUCACAAACAAGCUCUCAGGAUAACUAUGGUAUGUAUUCUGGCACGCCCACAAAAGUUAGACAUGUUGAUUAUCAAGCAGGAGAUGAAUUUGACUUGGAGGCUUGUUUGACUGAACCACUGAAAGAAUUCCCAUCUGUGAGCUAAGGGUGCCACCUGGAGGCUAUUUUGAGGAAACAAAUUCUAUUCUGAAAUAGAUGACAUUGUUGAGGUGAAAAUAAUUCUGGUGACAUGUUGGCCAAACUAUGUUGUGCAUUGAUAACUGGAUGUUUCCCUCCUGUUCAUAGUUCAUUAUUUCAUGAUAUUGCUAUUCUUGCCUCAUUUUCUUAUUUUUACAUAAUUUUUUGUAUAUUGGAUGGGUUUGCAAGUGUUAAAUUAUAAAUUGUAACAACCCAAGAAAAGUGACAUUGAAACAAUUUAAUUGUUCCAUAGGUUUCUCUUCAAGUUAACUUGGCUGACAUAAGUGGUUUUUUUCCAGGUAUAAAAUGCCACAUUGGUCUCUUAGUUUUGUCAUAGAACUAUAAUAAGGGGCCAGCCUUUCUUUGUCUUUUGCCAGUGUACUUUGAGUUGAAUGUGACUCCAUUUUCCUUACAGACUAAAUUCUUGGCAUCUCUUCAAGGUGUCAAGUGUAUUAAGCUUUUCAUUUCAUCCAGAGCACUGGAAAGUCACCAUAGAUAUGGUGAAUUAUUUGAAUACUGAGCUUGAAGAUUGCUGCAUCCUUAGCUUGGUACUUGUAAAUAGUCAGUGAUAGACAGCUCUUCUUGUGAUACUUGAAGAAGAGUUAAAGUAAUGCAAAGUUUGUAGGGUAAAACAUCUUAAAAAUGCAACCAACUAAUAAGCCAUGUAAAAUUGUAAAUGACAACAUUGUACAGAUUUUCUGUUCAAAUAUUCAGUUGUAAACUUAAUACAGUUAAUGUUUUAAUUGCUUUUGUAUGGAAUGUUCUUGCAAAAAAUAAAAGGAAAAGAAUAUGGUGUAUCAGAUUUAUUAGGUUGUCAGAUAGAUGUGAACUUUAUUCCUCUGCUUCUCGAUUAGCCUCUCAUUGCUCAUUCAUUUUCAGAAUUCAUAUAGCUUUCUUUCAAAAUAAUAGAAACAACUGUCCUGCAUGUCUUUAUACCUUCCCUUUUUUUUCUUAUUUAAAAGAUACACACUAUAGAUGAGAGGAUACAGAUAUUAUAAAUUAUCGUGGGUUGGUAGCCUGAAAUUUAUAGGUGCUCAAUGUACAUAUUUGAAUGAAUGAAAAUUGUUAAAAACUUGAAUCUUAGUAAAAUACCAAUAGUGACAAAUAAUGUAUAUCUUUUGAAUUAUCUCUUAUUCCUAGUGAGUCCUAUCUAGACUUCAUUGUGGAUUUAGUUGCCCUGGUUUUACAGUAAAAAAUCCUUUUGGUUGUUUUGUGGUAAAUGUUUCCUGGUUUGUACAGCUAUUGAAAAAAAUUUUUUAAAUUUUAGAAUUGUGAUUUGACUCCCCUAGUCAGACUACAUCUGAAGUGUUGCAUUAAUUUCUAAAUGCCACAUCUUAGGAAUGUUGUUGCUGAACUGGAGCAGAUCAGGGCAAUAAGAAUCUUUGAGGACAAAUUGGAAAAGUUAGGGAGAGUGAGGUUAGCCAGUUGAAGGGAAGGCUGUUCUAUUUAAAUCUUUUAUUCCAGCCUUUGGAUGGCACUUGUAAAAUGACAAAAAAGGACAGAUCCCAACAAAAAAAUUGAGAGCAAUUGUCAUUGUGGUUUUUGUUUUUUAAAGACGUUGGUGUUGCUGGGCCCUCCCUUAGACCCAUGUGGAGCAGACUUAAAAGUGUGUGCGGCUUCUGAUUUUUGGCAAAUGACAGACCAAGUACUACUAGACAUUAGGAAUACAGAGGUGAAAUGUGAAAUAGUUCCUGACCUCAAGGAGCUUACAUACGGGAGUAUGUACAUGUCUGUCCAUUUAGAUCUGAUUGAGGAUCCACACUAAUGAAAUUUAUUUUUUGAAGGUGGUUUCCCUAAGGAUCAAAUACUCAAAAAUGAUACCAUCACUUUGUAGCUAACUUUAUGCCUGGGAUUUGCCCUUAAAUUUACAAGAACAUUCUGGUGGACUUACUUUUGUUUUGUUUUGUUCUUUUGUUACAAAUAAGACUUUUGCACAUCUUUCUGACACCUUAUCUAGAUAUUCACAACCUCUAACAGAACAAAAACAAGCAAGGAAAAUGGCUGAUUACUCUCUUGUGCUUUUGUAGAAGAUUACACAAUUAUUCUCACACUUUCCCAGGUACAAAAACUUCAUGAGCUAAGUCACCUUAUCAUGAAAUUUAAAAUAGGUAAAAGGAAAUAGUAAAAUACAUAUAUAAAGUUAGAACCAGAGUGCAGAAGCAGAAUAGUCAAUGCAGUUUAGCUAGACCGUAGAGGGGAAGAGUAAAGUAAUGCUGAAUGCCGUCUUAAGUAGGGUGAUAAUAGUAAUGUAUCAGGUUGUGAUGAGUGGAGAUGCUAGGAAUAUUUGCGUAGGAUGGAUGAGAUCUGCAUCCACCGUCUUUGGGCAAUAUGACUUAAGAAUUAUAGCUCUAGGGCUGCAAGGCCAUCUAAUCAUCUAAGUGGCCUCAGGGGGUCGUUACCCGCCCAAGGUCACUCGGAUAGUAAAUGUCAGAAAGGAAAUUUGAGCCCCUGUUCUCUCCAUUGCCAAUGUUCUUUCCACUGUACCAAGCUGCCUCAGUUACUUAGCUUUAUUGGGCCUUAGUUUCUUCAUCUGCAAAAUGCAAGAGUUGGACCAGAUUCUAUGGAAGGAACAGUAUGAUGAACUUAGGGGCACAUGUUCAGUAAAUGGAGAGUAGUACAAUUAGUUGGAAUAUAGUAUAUAUGGAGACGGGUAGUGAGAGAUGAAGCUAAAACAAGAAGUUAUUGGCAGAUAAUUCAGGUAAAAUGUUAUGAAAGACCUGAAUGAGAAUAGAAGACAAGUAGAGGUUUUGUGUCUAUAGAAUGACUAAAUAUAGAAGGCAAGGACUGGCCAAAAAAAAAAUGACUGAAGGAUUUUUUAAUAUCUACGCUGUCAAGGAGAAAAAAAUCCCUCAAUACAUAGAUACAUAGGUUAGGCAAAACAUUCCCACAGUGGCCAAAUCAUAACAUGAUUAUGAUGGAAGUUUUAAGCCUGGGUACUGGAAGGAUCUUGGCACCAUCAAUAGAAAUGGAAACAUUGGGACAGGGGAAAGGUUUUAGGGAGAGAAGUGAUUGUUUCAAAUGGUGAGCUGGUCGGAAUUAUUAAAAAUCCAUUGUACAUUUAAAGUUGAUUAUUGGUUCACCCCUUACCCUUCUGCAGGCCAAAUUACUACAGUUCCUCCUUAGGUCAGGUCCUUAACCAUCUCUCAUGAGCUCUGAUAGCCUCUGAAUUGGUCUCCCUGCCUCCUGUCUCUCCUGUCCAAUCCAUCCUCACCAGUUAUCUAAAUAAUCUUCCUAAGGCACAGACACUCUAUUACUGUUCAAAUUCCUCAGGGGCUCUUUAUUGCUGCUCAAAGGAUAAAGACCAAACUCAUAGUUCAACUAGCUCCUCCAUGAUCUGCUCCAGUCUAUCUCUCCAGCUUUAUCUCCCACUAAUCUUCCUCAGAUACGCUAUUUCCCAGCUAAAUCAGACUACUUAUCAUCACCCAAGCGCCCCAUCUCAGUAUCUCUGCCUCAUCCUCUUAGUUUUGGCUGGGAUGUCCCGUCAGUUUGCCUUAUGAAACAUAUCUAAAAAAAAAAACGUCAACAAAUGAAACAUUACAAAACAGAAGAGAGCAGAAGCUCAGAAGGGAACACAGACAAGUGAGGCAGUUUUGUUCCUUUUGCGUUAAAUUUAAUGUACACUUUAAAACAAACUACAUGAAAGAAGUUCACAGUUUCAUGCACAAUCCUUUUCCUAUUCUUUGUAUAUUGAAAUGUUUGUUUUUGUUGUUUAUUGUCAGGCUCAUAAUAAAGUUGUUGAAACAAAUCUCUUCC